AUGACCAGCAGCCUUAGAAAAUGGAGAUGUGCGGGUGUUCCUGGAGGAGUUCGAGAAUGUGGCGGAGCUGGCCGGAAUACGGACGGACCGCGGCAAGUUGACGGCCCACCGGGCGCUUCUCAAGGGCCGUGCACGGGUAGUUUUGGACGCGGUACGAAGAGGCCCGGAGAAGAUGAAGUGGGCCGCUGCGAAGGACUUCCCGAUAGUGGGUUUCGACACUCCAGCCGACCGCCAGAAAAUGCAGCAAACUGGGCCACUGGCGGAGGCAUUGCCCAGAGGGAUACAAAAAAUGUUCUCUCGAGAAACGGUUGA